CAGGAGUUAAUAUGGAAGUUCACUUUACGAUAGUGUCGAAGUUUUCUGUUGUAGAAUGUUUCGGUAAUUGAAGUGGAAGUACUUGGACAGCGAAGUUGGUCAGAUAUUUCAAUUAAGUAGUGAAAUGAUGAUGUUUUUCAUAAGUAGACGAUAAUGUGCUAUCAAUUAUAUCAAUAUGCAAGAAUUCAUCGACGUUAUUUCAUUCCUUUUCUUCAUAUUACCAUUUGUCUAGGUGUAUUAUUGCCUUUAUUAUUAUGUGAAUCCGAACUACAUCGAGUUGUUUUCAUUGAACAGGAUGUCAUUCAUUUCAUAUGCUUUUUUACCUUUCUCGGUAUUUCGCUUAUUACUUAUGGUUUGACAAGUUGCAUUGAUCCAGGCUAUCUGACUGCUGAAAAGGCUAGAUGGUUUCGACAUCGACGUGGUCAUAUCUCGUUAGCUAGUGAUUCUGGUGAUGAAAGACCUAUGUAUGUUAAUGAAUACGAUACCGAUAUAAAUUAUAAGAAAUUGACAUUAGACCAGAAUCAUUCACAGUUAGAAUCAUGCUUUCAACGUAAACGUGAUCGCUCUGAAACUCAAUGUACAAUCGAAGAAAAUAACACUGUUCAAACAAAACCAAAUAAAUUCUCUAUGAAUUUGAAAAAGGAUUGGCCAAAUAAUUUAUGCUCUAAAAUGAAUGCAGAUUGUGAAGUUCUGGUUAAUUUAUCUAUUCCUGUAAGAUUCUGUAAUCAUUGUCUUCUAGAGCAACCAUUGCGUUGUCGUCAUUGUCCAGAUUGUAAUCGCUGUGUAUUGAAGUUUGAUCAUCAUUGUCCAUGGGUUGGGAAUUGUAUUGGGGAACGAAAUCAUUCUGCGUUUGUUGUAUUUUUAUUCUGUCAAACUAUUUCAAUUUGGUGGUGUUUAUAUUAUUGUUGGUGUUCAUUGGUUGAAGCAUCAAAAUGGAAUAUUUGGUUCAAGAACAACAGUAUGUUCUUAUUUUUUAUAAUAAUGCUUAUUAUUUGUGGAGUACCGGUUACUGUAAUACUUGGAUUUCAUAUCUAUUUAGCUUUAGUCAAUAAAACAACAUGGGAAACAGUAGCGCAUGAUCGUAUCACUUAUUUACAGAGUUUAAAAUCUGAUGAAAAUCCUUUCAACCAAGGUUUCUUAUGGAAUUGUUAUGCUUUUUGUUGUUCUCGUCAUCCAUACGGUUGGGAUCGUAUUUAUGCUAAUUCUGCUGAACGAUGUACAGCAACUAGUACCAAUACGAAUACUGCCAGUUCAAUCAAUUUAAAUGAAUCCAAUAAUAAUAAUAAUAAUAAUAAUAAUAAUAAUAAUAAUAAUAAUAAUAAAAAUGUGCUUGUAAAUGUCCCAACUAAUACAGUCAUGACUGUGUGAAUCGAAUCACUGAAAUUUUUGUUUAUAUUCAUUUACUUGUAUACUGGCGUUCGCAUAAUUAACUGCUGUGUUUAUUUUUUUAAAGAAAAUCUUUUGAACACAUACAAAUAUAUCUAUGUAUUAUUUAAGAAUCUCAACUAUACUAUUUUUUUCCUUUUACUUGUUAUACACUGUUUUCUCAUCCAAUAAAUAUAUCACUUAUAGUUUUUAUAUAAUUAGUGACUGUUGUCUACAGUACUAAUUUUCUCCUCUCACCGGUGUGUUUAUAUAAUUCUACAUUAUUCACUUUGACCUAUAAAUUUGCUUUUUGUUUUGUUAUAAAAUUUUUCUUGUUCUAUUUUUCUUCGUUUUUUUUCUUUUAUUCUGUUUAUCGGAAAAUUUUUCUGUUUUGAUUUAAAAUGCUUUUUAAAUAAAGCAUUAACAUUGAGCUGAUAUUAGUCAGUGUUGUGUUCCUAUGUUUGUUUCUAUGUAUAGCUGUUUCUCUUGUUAACUGUUUAAUGUUUGCACACAAGAAAUAAUAUAUAUCUUUUGAAAAAAAAAUAACCAAAUUUCUUUUCUCUUGAGUUAACUUCAUUACUAAUGAAUACAACAUAAAUGCUCAUUUUUGAAUAUUAAAGAGUUUAGAUACAUAUAGAAUCAAAUUUAUAAGUUAUAUGUGUAUAGUUUAAAGAUGAAACAACUUGGUGUCUUCUGUCAAGUUGAAAAUCUCA